GAUUCAUCAACACUGCAUUUACAUCAACAUAGCCCUGUAUUAUUAGUAACACCCGGUUUUUAAAGUGACUAAUUCCAAAUUUUAUUUAACUAAUUUAGCAACAAAUCGCAAUAACUGCAAGAUGGCGCAGAUAAUUGAGUCGGGCAAAUCGGAUUUCAUCAAAGCGAAUGUGUCCAACUCCCACAAUGAUGCAGUGGCCUUUGAGGUGAAGCUUGCCAAGGAUCUAACAGUUGCUGAGCUUAAGAGCAAACUAGAGAUCUUGACUGGAGGCUGUGCAGGAACUAUGAAAGUGGAGCUCUACAAGGGUGACACAUGCCUCUCCACGCUGGACAACAACAACGCCCAGCUGGGUUACUAUGCCAACUGCGAUGGCCUACGCCUGCACGUCAUCGAUAGCUUCGCUAACUUUAGUUUUGACAACGCGACCGUUGAGAAAUUCGAGCUGACGAAGGAUCAGUAUGAGCAGCGAACCAAUUCCGUGAGAAACUACCUCAAGCAGAACAAGCUGGGCAAGUACAAUGAGGAGGAGAUGGCUCAGGCCGAGGAGAAGCGCCGGCAGCAGGCCGAGGAAAUGCAAAAGCGGGCGGAACUAUGCAUCGUGGAUGCAAGAUGCGAGGUCGCAGUUCCUGGAAAUCCAAGACGUCGGGGAACCAUUCGUUAUAAUGGACAGCUGGAGGGCAAGAGUGGGGUAUUUAUUGGAGUAGAGUACGAUGAGCCUCUUGGGAAAAACAAUGGAAGCAUUGCUGGCAAAGCUUACUUUACCUGUCAACCCAAUUAUGGGGGCUUCGUCUCCCCACUUUCCGUUACGGUGGGCGAUUUCCCAAAAGAAGAAUUUAACCUGGAUGAUGAGCUCUGAGAGCUUUUAUAUGGUGUACUUAACACAAAUCUCGGAAAACUACUCGCACAUCGCACAUGCCAGUUUAACCAAAAGACUUACCAGGCAAUUACCUUAUUUAUACGCAGCAGGAAAACUAAUUUUAGUUAUGCCAUUUUGUAUUUAUUAAUUAAAACAUCUAUGUAUGUAUGUAUAUCAGAUAUUCUUACAACAUGAUUAUUCGUAAAUUCUAUAA